GGAAGUGCUUCAGUCUCCACACAGACAGUCCGACAGUGAGACAGAUAAACAGACAGGUGGGAUGUGUGUCAAACAGACAGGUGGGAUGUGUGUGAUCAGGUGUGUGUGUGAGCUGCUGUGUGUGAGUGUGUGUAUGUGUCUGAACUUGUUGGAUGAAGCUGUGAUGUUCAGCGGAACGACAGGAAGUCUAUUUGGAUUCUCUGUUGACUUUCACACCUUCAACAACACGUCCUUUGUUGUCAUUGGAGCUCCCAAAGCCAACACCAGCCAAUCAGGAGUGACGGAGGGAGGGGGUGUGUUCCUCUGUCCCUGGUCACCUGGCGGCGGGUCCUGUGACAUCAUCAACUUUGACCUGGAAGGUGAUGAGGACUACAACAGCGCUGGUCUGUUCUUUCACACCUUUAAGAGUCAGCAGUGGUUUGGAGCUUCAGUUCGAUCAGUCAGCAACACACACUUACUGGCGUGUGCUCCGCUCUUUCAUUGGAACGUUCAGAAGCAAGGGGCGGAAUCAGGGAAAACACCUGUGGGGAACUGCCUCCUAUUGGACCAGACGACAGGAAGCUCCACCUCCUUCUCCCCCUGCAGAGGAAUCAUGAUGGAGGACAACUACAAACACAUGCAAAGCAGAAACGACCAGCGCUACUGUGAGGUUGGCUUCAGCGCUGACAUCACGAAGGAUGGACGGCUGGUGCUGGGAGCUCCAGGAAGCUUUUAUUUCCAGGGUCAGGUCAUCACAGUGGGUGUGAGUGACAUCAUCAACAGUAGGCAGAGCAACAAUCCUAUCCAUUAUGUAACUGGCAUCACCCAGUCAGAAGAGAAGGGAGAUUAUGACCUUUACCGCGGGUACUCGGUGGCCAGUGGUCUGCUUACUGGAGACUCCACACCAGAUUAUCUGGUCGGUGUUCCGAAUGACCGAAGCACCGCAGGAACAGUGAAGAUCUAUGAUGGCAGGAGCAGUGGAUCACUAAGAGUUUACUACAGCUUCCAGGGAGCUCAGGUGGCGUCGUACUUUGGACAUAGUGUCGCUGUAGCAGACAUCAACAGUGACGGUUUAGAUGACGUGUUGAUCGGAGCUCCUCUCUUCAUGGACAGGGUGAAGGACCAGCUGCAGGAGAGAGGACAGGUGGUUUUGUACCUGCAGAGAAGACACACCUCCUUCUCCUCCCAACCUGACCAGUCACUGAUUGGCUUCUCUCCGUACGGGCGGUUUGGCUCCGCCCUCGCUGUGCUGGGCGAUCUGGACAUGGAUAGUUACCACGAUGUUGCCAUUGGGGCUCCCUGGUCAGGUGACAGUGGGCAGGGCCAGGUAUUUAUUUACAUGGGCAACAGUAACGGUUUGUCAGCUACGCCCUCCCAGGUGAUUGACAGCCCAUUGCCUAGGAGCAGGACGGCAUUUGGCUUUACUCUGAGGGGUGGGGUUGAUGUUGAUGGGAACGGAUACCCAGACCUGCUGGUUGGAGCGUGGGCUGCAGACCAAGCUUUUGUCUACAGAUCCCGAGCAGUGAUCCGGUCCAGAGUUUCUCUCUCUCUGCUGCCGGACUUCCUGAAUCCAGAUGUCAACCUGUGCCAUCGAGAAAACACACCUGUGUCCUGUUUUGUCAUCCAGAUGUGUGUCUACGUGUCUGGUCACAGAAUUCCUCAGGAGACAGCACUGGGGGUGGAGCUACAGCUGGACAGGAUGAAGCAGCCAAUAGCAAGACGGACUCUGUUGCUGUUGACCAAUCAGCCGCAGGAUAUGAUGAAGCUGAUAGUUCAGAGGGAGGUGGGCGUGGCCUGCAUUAAUCAGACUGCCUACCUGAGGCCUGCAGAGGAGGUUCGGGAUAAGUUGAGUCCGAUCUUCAUCACUGUCGAUAUCAGCCUCCUCAACCGUACCCAGCGUGCUUUGCUGCAUGGACAGACACACGCUGCUGCACAGACCAGGAUCAUUCUGGACUGUGGAGACGACAACAUCUGUGUUCCCGACCUGAAGCUGAGCGCUGAGCCUGUGUCGGACAGUGUGUUGGUCGGUGAGGAUCAGACGGUGUUGUUGUCGGUGUCGGCAGAGAAUAAGGGUGAAGGAGCGUACGAGGCCGAGCUGGUGGUCCGAAUCCCCGAACACACACACUUCCAGAGCAGCCAGGGUGUUAACAGACUGGUGUGUGUUCAGAGGAAGGAGAAUCAGACAGUCAUUGUGACCUGUGACCUCGGCAACCCCAUGAGACAAGGACACACACUGCAGACAGGUCUUCUGUUCAGUGUCGGCCAUCUGGAGGAGGUGGAGAGUCACAUCACCUUCAACCUCAGAAUCAGGAGUAAGAACACAGUGAAUCCAAACAGUAACGAGGUCACAGUUGAAGUUCAGGUGAAAGCUGAGGCGACGCUGGAGAUCAGAGGGGGUUCCUCCCCUCCAGAAGUUGUCCUGCCCCUCUCUGACUGGCAGCCUGCAAUGCAUCCUGGGAGUUUAGAGGAAGUGGGUCCACUGGUGGAACAUGUUUAUGAGUUGAGGAACCGGGGUCCUACUGCGAUCAACGCCCGGCUGAUGGUGGACUUCCCCUCCACCUGGCGACAUCACUUCCUGCUCUACGUCUUCUCCAACGCCUUCGAAGAAUCACUGAGCUGCCAAACCCUGAACGCAUCGCAGAUAGACCCGUUCAAGCUGGCUGGUAACUCCUCCAGUGUUUCUGUAGUUUCUCAGUUGAUCCAGCAGGAGGAGACAAACUCACACAGUCAAACUGUUCAUGUGAACUGCAGCAGCAGUGAGACGGGGUGUGUCAGGUUCGUGUGUGAUGUCACGGCAUUGGGGCGGGGCUUCAGUGCUGUCGUACGAAUCUCGGCCCGACUGUGGACGCACACACUUACAGAGACUCCCUACCUGAACUAUGAGCUUGUGUCCUCCGCCUCCUAUGAUGUCAUCAACGCAUCUUCAAAGGUCCAGCCGCUGCUGCUGCCGAGUGGACAGACACAGACUCAGCUCAGUGUGCUGUGGCGUCCUGAGGGAGAGAAGGACAUUCCUAUUGGCCACAUCAUCCUGUCAAUCAUCUCUGGACUCCUCCUCCUGGGCGUGCUCUGCUUCAUUUUCUGGAAGCUGGGUUUCUUUCAGCGUACUCGCCCCCCCACUGAUGAUGAUGAUGAUCAUGAAGAGCAGCAGCUGGCUGAGGAGAGUCACGUGACUGAAUAACACACACCCACACACACACGCUGUAACACACACACACACACACUGUAACACACACACACACACACUGUAACACACACACACACACGCUGUAACACA